AUGAUCUCGCUUGGUGGUACCAUUGGUACAGGUCUUUUUCUUGCUUCUGGUGCGUCGGUUGCUAAUGCUGGUCCAGGUGGUGCCAUCAUUGCUUAUUCUUUAAUCGGUAUCAUGGUUUUCUUUAUGAUGGAAUGCUUGGGUGAAAUGGCUACUUAUUUACCUAUUUCCGGCAGUUUUAAUAAUUAUGCUGGUCGCUUUAUUGAUCCUGCUGUCGGAUUUGCUUUAGGUUGGAAUUAUUGGUAUAACUGGGCAGUUACCGUUGCUGUUGAAUUGACUGCUGGAUCUAUGGUCAUGGCUUAUUGGUUGCCUCAUAUACCUAAUUACGUUUGGUCUAUUAUAUUUCUCAUCAUUAUUUUGGCACUCAACUUAUUUUCAGUUAAAGGCUAUGGUGAAGCUGAAUAUUGGUUUGCUUUAAUCAAGGUCUUGACAGUUAUCGUAUUCAUCAUCCUCGGUAUUUUGGUUGAUACAGGAGUAUUAGGAGGAACAUAUUAUGGUACAAGCGUAUUCAACUCGGGCGGGGUUCAAGGCCUUGGCGUCUUGAGUACUUUCUUGACUGCUGGUUUCUCUUUCCAAGGUACUGAAUUGAUCGGUGUAGCAGCAGGUGAAAGUGAGAACCCUCGAAAGAAUGUCCCCCGAGCUAUCAAACAAGUGUUUUGGCGUAUUCUUUUAUUCUAUAUUCUCUCUAUUCUCAUCAUUGGUCUCAUCAUUCCAUAUGACGAUCCUUCUCUCUUGGACUCUGAUGUCAACAACAUUUCUGUUUCUCCAUUCACUUUAGUAUUUGUCAAGGCUGGUAUUCGUCCAGCAGCAGACGUUAUGAAUGCUGUCAUCUUAACAACAGUGCUAUCAGCUGGUAACUCUGGGUUAUAUGCCUCUAGUCGUACUCUUCUUGACCUUGCCAAUGAAGGAAAGGCACCCAAGUUCUUUAGAAAGAUCACCAAAAACGGUAUUCCUAUUUACUGUGUCUUAGUAACAGCUGCUGUCGGUAUGCUCGCCUUUUUGACUUCUUUGUUCGGCAAUGGUGUUGUCUACUCUUGGUUACUGAAUGUUUCAGGUGUUGCUGGUUUUAUUGCUUGGCUUGGUAUUGCUGCUUCUCACUAUAGAUUCCGUCGUGCCUAUGUUUUACAAGGUUACAAGGUUGAAGAUUUGCCCUUCAAGGCUAGAUUGUUCCCCAUUGGACCUAUCUUUGCCUUUUGUGUUUGUCUAUUUGUCCUCGUUGGUCAAGGCUACAAUUCAUGGAUGGCUAAGCCUGUUGUUGCUUCAGAUAUUGUUGCUGCUUAUAUCGGUAUUCCCAUCGUCCUCGUCAUUUACUUGGGCUACAAGAUCACUAAGCGAACCAAGGUUAUUCCUCUUGCAGAAGUCGAUUUGGUCUCUGGUCGUGAAGCUUUCUUAAGGUAA